AUGAGUAAGCUACAAGGCGGCUUUCUUGGUGGAGAUGACGGUGGUGCAGCUGGGGAAGAAGAAGGUAAGAACGCGAAAGUACUAGAGCAGCAGGAUGAGGAAGGUCAAGAAGCAGAAGUCGCAGAAUCGCCAUCUUCGCCUGAAGCUGAAGACGCAGUCGUUAACGCCAACGAGGAUGAUGAUGACCAUCCUCUCUCCAAGGAACAGCAAGAACAGAACAAGCUGCUUCUUGAGAAAAUCAAGAUCAAAGAUAACCAACGCCUGUUGGAGAGCAAGUUUAAAGCUCAGUACGAAGCGGCUGCCGCACAAGUUGGAUUGACAGCGGAGAACGAGUUCUUUCUGCGUAAGAUAGAGCAGAUGGAAAAGCAGAUGGAAAAUGAGGACGCGUUGAGUAAACUCGAUGCCUCUCUAGACGAGCAGCUCCUCUCUUCCUUGCCAGCAUUGGAAAGAGAGGCUUUAAGAAAAUUCAGGCUACGAGAGGAAGAGUUCGAAUGGAAGCGGAAGCAUGGAGGAAUGCAGCAGCUUAACGGAUACGGAGAACAAGAAAACAGGAUAUAUCAAGGAGACAGAAGCAAAACUACACAAGUAGGAGGAAAGCAG